AUGAGCCGGUGCUUGCGCUCCGGCAUCCUGCCAUUCGGUCGCAGGCCUGCUUCACGCCUCCCUUUCCUCCCAUAUCAAUCCGUCUCUCCUUUUUCCCGGCCGACUUGGACUCAAUUUACCCGGAAGACUCGCAAUGAUCAAAGAGAGAUUAAUUUUCCAGAUGAAGUUCUUUUCCUACGGCGAUACAAUUUAAUCAAACACCCUCGCCUCAGGCAUGACCAGAAGAGGCAUAUUGAGGAAUGGAUGCCGGUGUUGAGGGGUUGUAUUCCACCAAGAAAUGCCAAACAACCAGACGUUGCCCAAUCUGCAGGCCAGCCCAGGCUUCGACCGCUCCGCGAAUCGGAACACCAGCUUGAUCAGACCCACGCUCUUCUGGGGUGUCUAUGGGAUGGAAGGGUUCAUUUUGAAUUUCAGCUUCUUGCGCAUCUCGGAUUUGCGCACCAUGAAUGGUCUAAUGUGCAGGCUCUUUUAAACAGCAUGAUCGACACCUAUGAGCUGCUAGCUUCUCAUAUGCCCCCUAAACACCCUUCGGCUGGGCUUGAUUGGAACAAGCCAUAUCGCGUGCGCCGCAGAGAUGAGUCAACAUCCGACCCUGUAUCUCCCCUCACCACGGAGAUUUCCCUCAGCAAGCUUACGGGGGGGCACAAAACCAACAUCCCCUUGGAAAUGGUCUCAUUCUUUGGAGAGAGAAUUUUGGCCGAACUACUCGCAAACCUUGGCUCUCUGGUUUUGUAUGCCUCGCGCAGUCGAUCAGAUGAUUCAAAGCAUGCAAUGACCUGUGUAUUCCGAACUCUUGCCCGUUUACACCAUGCAGGCAUGAUCUCUGACAGAGUUUAUCAAUAUCCGAAGCCAGAUGCCAGCCAGAUCGUGUUCCGCCCACCAGGGCUUCACUUUUUGUCCAGUUCCAUUAUGAGCGUUUUGUCCGAUGCGGCGUGGCAUGAACACGAAGCAGCAGUGGCCGCUGCAGCCGCUGAUGCGGGAGAGUCGUCGCCCUUCAUCCCUUACACCCCUCGAAUUCGAGAGCUGGGUCCUGAAAUCUGGCUUGAGCUCAUUCUGUGGUGUUGUGUGGAGCAUGGAUUUUGCAGAACGGGCACACUACUCGUGCAUCAAAUGGCCCGGCUUAGUGAAUGGAAAGCUGAGAGUUGGGCGCCUUUAAUAAGUGACCUUGAUACUGUACAACAGACUAAUGUCAGUAUCGAGCAAUCAUGGCGUCGGCCAGGCCAAGACAAGAAACCUGCAACACUCAAGGGUCAAAACAAAGCACCUUUCAAUGGACUUGGAUUCCGAACUAUCAGCUCUGAGGUAGUUGCAUCGCUGCGGAGUGGCCUGGCCAACAAGGCCUAUGUCGGAAUGGGAGAUCGGGGAUAUCUUCCUGCAGAUCUCACCAAUUUAUCAGCCCCUCUGACUAACCUUAUUGACCGUCCCGCGCCCAGGCGUGAGGAGCUUCGGCCAACAAGCAGAUUCACUAAUUGGCACAUUGUGCGGAUAUUAGCGUCGGGCUGUUUGAAACCGUCCUCUGAUCCUGUUUCCUUCGAGGACCUCCUGAGAUCUCAGAGCAAUGUUGUUCCCCCGUGGGAAGGGAAUGAGUUGAGCCUGGCACAAACGUUGAAUGGAAAAACGCGAGCGCAGUUCUACGAUGAAUCGGCUGCCAUGACUGGUUUGAUAGAGUUCAAUCUCAAUUAUUACGCUCGAGACAAAGAAAGCGGACGCCUUUUUCACGAGUAUGCCUGGCUUCAAAAUAUUGCCGAUGCAAGCAAGGCACAGCACAUCCAAAAUUUCUUUGAGCGGAUGAGCCAAGCCAGUGAUGAAGAAGUUUCUACGUUGUUUGAUUUCAAAUCUUUUGAACCUCAAGAUAUCUCUCAAUCGUCUAUCCCGCAGCUGUCAUGUGCCACUUUUGCCAAUCUCCUUGACGUGGCAACUACAACCCACGCGUUUGAUUUUGGUGAACAACUACUCUUGAACAAUGACAUCGAUGGCCCUGCCAUCCCUCAAAGCGCAUAUAGCAAUCAGGCCCUGGCGCCCUCUAUUCUUCGAUUUGCAGCUGCCACUGGUAAUACCGAGCUUGGCGAGCGUGUCAUCGCAUCGCUCGGGAUCCCCCUUUCUGUGAACACGAUCAAAUCUUUGAUCAACUUUAGCAUCGCACGAAAAGAUUGGAAGCGCGUGGUACUGAUGCUCAACUUCCUGACCGACCACCGAGCCAAAUCCUGGGGCUACAUGAAUAUCGGUGUACUAGCAAGUGCAAUAAUUCGGCUCGAUGCUACCGUUAAGCAUAAGACAUCCGCCGGCACAUUGACUCAAGCAGAUACAGAAGACUUGAAUCAAGCCAAGGACAUCUUGCUCCGCCUUUUCCGCGGCGAGUGGCAUGCUAAGCAUACCCGUGAGAAAGUCAGAAACUUUCAACUUCGAACCCUCUCUCGUAUGCACCGCGUGCUCUCCCUCAUCCCAGGUCCUCUCCCAGACCUCCUGAGACAAGUGUCGCCGCCCAAGGAAAUCACCGGACACCACAAGGCCACUUUGAUCCCCCCAACCACCUUCCACGAGAUCUUCGCCGCCGUCGUAGAAACACAAGGCGCCAUCGUCGGCAAGCAGCUCUGGGAUCAAGUCUGCGUCGACUGGCUAUCCCCCAAACGCCAACUCCAAUCUCCAGGCGGCGUUGCCCGACUCCUCUUCAGCGACGAACGGACCAAUUCACACGGUGCCCCAGGAUGGGACGCAGAGUACGUCAAGCACGUCCGAAGCAAAGCCACAAUAGCAGAUCUCAACACCGUCCGCAUCCUCGCACGAAGUGCAGUCCGAGAAUACGCUGCAUCCGUGAAAGAAUCCACAGAAAAACAUCCAAACAACCACACUCCCAGUAUACCCCAAUCCAAGACCUCCGACCCUCACAACACAACCUCUCCCUCUUUCGUCUACGACCCCGCAACCACAUACACGCCCUCCAUCUCCCGCAAGGAAUACCCCUACCAAUUAAAGACCGGCAAGAUGCCACAAACAGAACUCGAGUCUAUCCUGGACUACUGUCUCGAGACUUUCCUCAAAUUCGGUCUCCCGGAAGACCAGAUCGACAUCGAGAUCCCGGGUCACAUGCGUCGCAUGCAGCUCAGAAAGGUCUUUUCUUCUCCCACGCGAAGACCUGUCAGACAGCGGAUCAAGUACAACCGGUCUGAUCCAUUCAUGCGAUCUCACUGGCCGAAGGAAUUGGCGGAGUCAUUACCGAAGCCGGAGGCACCAGAGCCGAAGUGGCCUUACGAUAAUCACAAGUAG